CAGGCAGCUGCAGCUCGUUUGAUUAAAGUGGAGGUGCGCGUGUGACAAAGUGAUAAACCAAACGCAGCUGGCAAUUUUUUAGACUUCUACGCUCGACGUCUCUUCAGUCCUGUCCUGAAUAGGGGCCAUGGACCAGCUCGUGUUGUACUCUCUCUAGUUCAAGAGACAUUUUUCUGCCUGCAGACUUUUCGCUUCCUCAGUUUUUGUCUUCUAACCAUGGACUACGUCAAUCUGAGCUGCCUGAUCUGUCUCAACAAAUACAGCAAGUUUUUUGAGAUAAAGAACCAUGUAUGCACAGGGCAACAUCGACAGAAAUUCAAAGCAGUCUUUCAGGAAGAACAGUCCUAUUCUAAAGCAUGGGUUCCCUACAUAGGUUUUUUGAACCCGCAGAACCUCAACCAACUCAAAGUAGGCGUGUCUCUACUGACGGUGUAUUACUGUACAGAGUCAGAGACUUUUUUUUACCUGUGCCAUGUGUGUGAGGAGAAGUGUGGACCAGUUGGGAUUUUUUCCCACCUCUUUUCUACUGACCAUUGUACCAAAUACUUUUCCUACACAGACCCCAAUUUACUGAGUUUCUCCUGGAUGCCCAGCAUGGAUAUUAGUUCCAUAUUGAGGCCUUGGAUCAUAAAGGAAUCGAUUAAAAAGGAGUCUGGAACUUUGCAGUUUUUGAACAUACCUGAAAAUCUGAAAAAGAAGUUUGACACUUGUUCUUACUCUGAAGUGAUGGACACUCUCAGAGAAAAUUGCAGGCUCCUCAAGAUCUUUGAAGCUGUCAAACCACAGAGGAUGAUGAUCCAAACAUACCAGAAAGAUGGCAACCGAGCGCACCAACUCCUUGGCUUGCAACAACUUGUUGAAUGCAUUUGUGUGGGGCAGACGGACAAGCGGUACUACCUUUGCACGCUCUGCAAACAAACUGUGGCCACCAACAUGAUCAUCGCUCACGUCCUGAGCUUUGACCACAUCCAUAGUUAUUUUGAAGUGAAGUUUCCCUCUACUCUGCUGCCAAAAGAGAGCUACAGUUACUCCAACUCCCUCGUCAACACAAUGAUUGAUCUCGCAAAGCGGACAGUAGAUAUGGAUGGAACCGCAAACGCUGAAAUGAAGCAAGUGAGCCUGGAUCCUGCUGAAUUUGCGUCAGUGAAUUUCACUUGUUAUGAAGAAGCUUUGCAGAAGCUAGAAUCCAUCACCAUGGAAAAGAAUGGAAGAAUGAUUACACACAAAUGUUGCAGCGUGUCGGUAAAGUCUGAAGCACCACUGUACAAACUGCAUUGCCAGAACUGCAAAGUCCUCUUUGAAACAGAGUCCAAGUAUAUGAAACAUUUGUCGGAGCAGACACACACUCGGAUGUGGGAGAAACUCAAAGAAGCUGUAGGCUCUCAAUGUUACGAGCAAAGAGUAACUGUCAAAUUCAAUCUGGACUUGUGCUUGUAUCUCCGAGAGAGUAUGAAACAAAAUGAACCAGUUGUUGGUGUGUCCCUGGUCGUGGCAUGUGUGAGCUCUCGAGUCCAUGUCGAGCCCAUCUAUAUUUGCUUUGCCUGUCAGAACUGUUUCCCAGAGUCUUUUCUCCGGCAACACUUUAAAUCACAGAAACAUGUCAUUCUUACCUUGCUCUACCAGAAUCCCUGGCGGCUUCCUUUUGCCUGGAAGAGUCCUCAGGAUUUGAAAGCCCUGAAGACGAUGGCCUGGGAAGAGGCAAAGGCAAGAGGACCAGAUGACAUGAUUCUCAAGGCUUUUGAUAUCCCAUACUCGGUAUUUCACUGCCUCAUCCCACCAAAUUACGAAAAAGUGAUGAAGGCACUUGUAUUAUUCCACGUUUACUUGAUGAAUAAAGUUCCACAGUGUGAGACGUACAGCCGACUCCAGCAAAAUGAGAGAUUUCCUCUCCUCGGCAAACAGUUCCUGGUCAUUCAUGCAUGUGGGACUAAAGUGGGGUUUGUGUGCUUACUGUGCGAGCAAACAAUGAUGGAUGAUGAAUUUUACGCCCAUGUGUUCAGCUGGAAACAUGUUGCAACAUUUCUGGAGUGGGUGAACCGUUUCCACCCAGGUUCGCUGAGUGGAAACACUGACGCUGCAACCUUACUGGACUUGGCAAAACAGGCGGCAAAUCUUCACCCCACAUCUAAUGAACAGGGGAUCAAUUUGGACACGCCCAUCUGCAUGCCAUGCCCCUAUGAAACAGUGGUAGAAAUUCUGGAAGCUGCAAAAAGACGACAUGGGGGAGGACAGCUUGAACCCACCAUAGCCCCUCGCUACAAGCUGUCCCCCAGACAAUCUCUGAAACAGGUGGACAACAACACACAGGAAAACAGUGGGGCUGUGGUGGAAUUGGAGAAAAAGAACUGCAUUAAAUCAACUGACAAGGAAAACACCAUAGAAAAGGUGUCAGUUGAACCCAGUUCUAAAAUCAUCAUAAAAUGCAGCCUGAAAAGUGAUGGAGCUAGCAAGGAGGCUCCCACGCCAUGUGGUGCACAACCAGAAAAGACAAAAGAAGUGUAUUCAAAACCGUGUCCAGAUGGAGUUCAGAAUGCAGUCAAGGAGACAAGCCAGCGGUUAAAGGAAGAGAUAGCAGAAGACACAAAGGUACAGAUGAAAAUGGACAUAAAGAAGGAAGUAACGGAGGAGUGUAUAACAAGAGAACACAUUUCAGAGGUCCCACUAAGCUGCCAGAACACAGUCGGCAGUGAACGCACGGUGGGUGAACAAGAAAGUAGCAUAACUAGCAAGGACGUCCCAACACUGAGGAAUGUCGUGUACAGCAACAACGAAAGAAAGAGGCCACACAGCUCGUCUGACAAAUCCCCAGAAGUCACAUCUCCUAACGAGGGUCUGGAGGGAGAGAUUGCACUUAAAAGACAAAGAAUGAAUGCUGAAGAAGACUCCCCUUUUAAAAAAUCAACACAACAGACACUCACAGCCACCAUCAACCAGAGAGAGAAUAUCGAACUAUGUCAGAAGACUGCCGGGACCCAAGUGUCUUCGGACAAGGAAGUGCUCCGACCAAGUCUACUGUGGAAUUAUAUCAAGAACAUGAACCGGGAGCCUGUGAUUGCCAUACAGACUGUCAAGGCGGUUCAGGCUCAACGGGACAGCAAACAUGUUUUCCCUUUAACUCCAGCUCUGCAAGAUACUCAUUCUCACGCUGAGGUCAACUUCCUGGUGGAGGAGAUGGAUUCAAGUGAUUCAAACUCUGAGACAAAACCAUCCUCCGUAACUGCACCCAUGUCUGUCCCUCCUGAAUCAAAAUCAAUAGUUUCUGUUUCCAAAAGUGUUCAAGAUGCAUCCAGUGUUCAUGUGUCCAAAAGCAGGACAACCAUGGCCAGGUUGCAUUCUGACUCCACAGAAAAUAACAGUCAGAAUAAAAUCACUCAGAAUACAACUUUCAAACCUUUAGUAACAGAAACUACUUCCAAUAUGUUGGGGAUAUCUCCAACUCGAGCCAUGUGUCCUCAAAACACUACAAUGACAGUAAGUGCACGUCAAGAAGCCUCAAGUAAACCUGUACGCAUUACUCAAACUGGAUCCACUGCGUUCCAUGAAACUGCUCGUAUGUCUACACACUCUGAAAAAGCAUCUCAAACUAAAGUGACACACUCUAAGGCUAAAACAUCAGUGACAAGUGAAAAUAAUAAAGCCUGUGCCAAGGCCGUGCGCAUGAAGACUGUGAAUGAUCCAAGUGCUGACAUUGCACCACGUGCUUGUGUGAGUAAUCCACCUGCUGCUCCCCUCGAAGCCCCGGCCACUUCUGUCAAGUCAGGACUCGUCAGUCCAUCCGUGGAGCCGUCACAUACCCACACAACGAAGAUUAAGCCAAAAGAAAACCGACGUACAGUUGGCUUUUAUGAGCUGAUCUUGGUGAAUUGUGAAAAGAGGCGACAGGUGUACUGUAAACUGUGUUCCAAGCGGAUGACUGACUCCGCACAUACCUCUACUUUGACCCACCAAUCUAAUUAUGUGAAUAAGCUGUACGGGCCCAAUAUUGAGACGACUCAUUUUGAGAAGAUCAUCGCGCACUUGGCUGAAGCUGAAAAGUAUGCUGGAAAUCGAAAGGACCAGAUUAACAGUCAGAGCGUGGAAGUAAAGAAUGAUGUGUACCUAGAGCUGGCUGCUCUCCCUGAUGACAAAGCCAUAGAAAAACUGCAAGACAUUCUAAGACAGAAGGCCUUGCAGGUGCCAUCAGUCUCCACAACUGAUAAUGCACAGGUGAAACUGCAAGUUGUCGGUUCCAGUCGGUGUGAGGUUUCAAGCCCAGAUGAUGGGACUUGUGUGCCACUGAAUCAAACGUCUGGACUUUCUGUGACGAAUCAGCCAGUGCAGGAGAACAUACGUGUGGCGGAAUCACUCUGCACAUCGGAAUUGAGAUCAAAUUUGAAAGAGCAGGAUGAUCAUUCAGGUGGAGCUCCGAGCGGGACUGAAAAAGGCCCAGGACCCAGUGACCUGACUCCAGACCAGGUUCAGCCUUUUUUGCUAUUUAAAAGUGAUCCAGACCCCAUCCCACCUCCUAGCAUUCAAGAGGCAGACACAACAGUUUCAGUCACAGUCAAACAGGAAAGGUUUGAUCCAUUUUUUGAUGCCCCGGCUCAUAUUGAAGUCAUGCCUGCUGUUCAGAGACCUGUCCCAGGGGCACAACCUCAAUGUUGUGCACACUCUGUUGCCGCUCACUCUACACACACAUCACUGGUAACGUCCAUCAAACAAGAGCCACUCUCUUUAGAUCUGCUAAGAACAGAGCGGGAGAACGAACGGAGGCCCAGCCUCACAGAGGAACAUGUACCAGCCAUGUUCGUCCCAAGAGCUGAGCAGCACAGUGCAUCAGUGCAUCAGGUGCUCCCAAGGUCAUCAGAAGGGGAUACGAAUCAGAGCUACAUGGAAGGACUGGACCCUGAACCAGUGAUAGGUCUAGGUUUUGUGUGGAAGUGUCGAGGAACGUCUGGGAAUACGUUCUGCUUGUGUGAGAGCUGCGAGGAGACGUUCUCCACCAGUCACAUCGCACAUGCGUCGAGUCCUAAUCACUGGUAUAAAUACAUUCGAUGGCAGCACCCCGGUUUUAUGAACUACUGGGAAGGUGAUCAUCCUCUCGAGAGGAAAUUGAAAGCUUUGAGGGCCACUGCUGUUUGCUUAUCACUGCGUGAGAGUGAUGUAACUGUGCAGGAUGUUCCUCUGGGGCCUGAGCUGUAUGAACAUGUGCACCGCGCUCCGUUCAGUGAAGCUUUACAAAUCACACAACAUAUUAAGAAAGAAGAUGGGAGCAGCAUUUAGACUAAGCAAGACAAACUACAGAAACACAUCAAGAGAUGGUGAAGGCUGGAGAUGUGUCCAGAAUCUCCUCAAAGGUGGACCUCCACUUGUAUCUCCAUAUAUCUCAUGGUCCUGGCACCAGUCUAGAAGCCCAUAGGAGCCAUAUUUCACUGCCACAGCUCAGACCAGUCUUCUCACAACAAAACCCUCAUGCCAUGUUUGCAAAUGAAACACAGUGGGGUGAACUCAGCACCCCAGACUUUUCAUACCACAAGCAUUCAAACCCCAUCAUUGUCUCUCGCUGAUUAAUUUCAUCCAAACGGAAAAGGCCAGUUGAUGCUUCUGUUGAAACAGUAGAUGGACCGUGCCCCAAUAACUCCCAACACAAGGGUCCAGUGCCGCCAAGACCAAAAACGACAUCUGAGUCCACUUCUGUAUGUUCUGCUGCAACCUCUGUCCCUUUGCCUCCAGAGAAGAAAGACGAGGGACCUGGAUCUGAAGAUGACGAUGCAUCUAUUGUGGACAUGACACCGUUGGAUGAGGGCUAAUAUUAAAAUGCCAGAAAAAAACCCAACAACGUUGCAUUCAAAGUCUCAGCCAAUGAAUGACUCUUAAUAAGCUCUUGUUACUAACAAGACCAUGUUUUGGUCUGUUAACUCAUAUCAACAAAGGUGCAUUGUUCCUUUUGGAUUUUAUCUGGAAGAUGAAGGAGAUGACGCACAUCUGUUAUCUCUUAACUGCUGAAACUGCCAUUGGAACAAAGUCUUUCUUUUCCUCAAAACUCAUUUUGCGUUUUCAUAAUAGUCUCGUCAGGGCAAUUCUAAUUUAUUACAUGGGAUGGUGACGAUCUAGUUUUGUUUUAGAAUUUUGUUAAUAUUUGUCUUUUAAUUUAUCAAUCCUUUUUAGUUAAUGGUUUAUCACUUGAAUGAUAAAGGAAUUUACUGAUGUCACCAUCUAGUUUUCACUGUGUUCAUAUGUAUAGAGUUGUUUACAUAUGUCGUUCUGCUGUCUGUUACAGUUAAGAAGAUGCAUUCAGUACAAACUCCCUAAGGAAGUGACUUUUUAAAAUUAUUUUUGAUAAAUUUCCCGUUGUAGUGUGGUCUUGAAAUCAGUUUAAAACUAUUGUUGACUGAAUAGGAAGCCAAUAUUUGGGGGUUUUUGUGAAUUUUCACGUCACAUUUUCAGCAUUUAUGUACUGUGCUUUUGGAUGUAGUUUUAUAUUUGUCUUCAAUUAAAUAAAAGAAAAUUGAGAUUU